AUGGAGAACAGCAUCGGUCAAAGCUCCUCCCCAACACAAAGAAGAUGGAGAAAAGUUGCUUACGGAGGUAUGCAGCCUGGUUUUGAUGACAAUCACACUGACAACACUUUCCUUCAAGAAAUGGUGAUGAAUGCAAAUGUAGUCAAAAGAGACAUGCUUAAGGUGAUGCUAGAUUCCAUUCCCAUAUCUCAAUACCUUUGCAUUGUAGCACUUGUGGUUUUGGUUUGGACCCACACUCUCAAUUCCACAAUCACUCAUAACUUUUUAUUAAUUCUUGAUGUCGCCCUACUUGCAUCUGGCUUCUUUAUCCUCCUUUUAACAGCCAAAAUGCUUUCAUUCACUCUUCUCAUCAACUACUUAAUCAAAAUCUCCUUUUUCACAACCAGUCUAUAUGUCUUAUCCCCAAUAUACCACACGUUGACCAGGUCAAUAAGUUCAGAUUCCAUAUGGGCGUUGACCACAUCACUCAUAAUCCUCCAUCUCUUCCUCCAUAACUAUUCUGGAUCCACCAUUAAAGCUCCUGGAGCUUUAGAAAUUAAACCGACUUUAACCAGUAAUAUUUCACUUAAUGCUUCCAUUGUGGCUUCACUCUUGAUUGCUUCUAGGCUUCCUUCAAGGGUUCUUGUGUUUGCUGUCAUUUUGUUUUCAUUGCAGGUUUUUCUUUUUGUACCUUUGGUGACUUAUUGCCUUAAGAAAUACUCAGUAAGGUUGCACCUGUUCUUCUCAUUGGUGUUGAUGGUGAUGACUUUGAGCUGUGUUUAUUGUUUGCAUAAACUGAUGUUUGUGUUGUUGUUGGGAGUGUUGAGUUUUGUGAAUUUGGUGUGUCCUUAUUGGUUGAUUAGGAUUCAAGAGUAUAAGUUUGAGAUUAAUGGGCCAUGGGAUGAGGCGAAGUUAUGUUUCAACAUAACAGAUUGA